AUGUCCCCAGCAGGGUCAUCAAGAUGGAGUCCUACUACAGAACAGCUCAUGGUCUUGGAGGAACUGUACAGAAGUGGGAUUAGAACUCCUAGUGCUUCUCAAAUUCAGCAAAUAACAACACACCUUUCUUUCUAUGGAAGAAUAGAAGGAAAGAAUGUGUUCUAUUGGUUUCAGAACCAUAAGGCUAGGGAUAGACAGAAGCUAAGGAGGAAACUCAACAAGCAACUGCAGCUACAGCAACAACUCCAAGUUCAUCAUUGCCAACUGAAUCAGGAUAUCACUAACCAUUUUGUUGGUAGCUUUGGUUAUCCUCCUGCUUCUACUAGCCAAGAAUUUUCCUUUUAUAACUCACCUAGCUUGCUUUUUCAGGGAGGAGCUACAAGCACUUCAGAAAGGGCAAUGAACUGCAAAUGGAAUGUGUAUAACAAGCAAAGUUUGGUGGAGAAGAAAGACAAGACACUCUGCAACUAUGGUUUGACACUUGAGGAUGUUAAUCAAGCAUCUUUAUGUUGCACUAGACCUCUCAAGACACUUGAUCUCUUUCCACUCACAACAACUAGAAUCAAAGAAGACUGCACCACAUUGCCCAAGUAG